UGGCGACUGGUAGGGCGGGUGUUGACGGUGACACACGCCGUUCUCGAACUUCCACCGCCGGACGCGCUUCCUAUUCUCCCAAUACCGCCGGCCCGGGCCGCCGGGGCGCGGGGGAGGGCGGGGAUUCCUUCUCCAGUUGCAGACACCACCACCGGAUCGGUUUUAAACGGGACCAGAGUCACCCCCGGAUCAGAAGGCUGUCGGGGUCGUGCCGGGCUCGAGCUGCGCCAGCCGCGGGCCUCAGAAGCGCUACGCUCGUGUCGUUUUGGGCCGGUCACCGCUGCGUCAGAAGUCUGCAAGGGCCGCUGCACUUCUGAAGAGGACAGCCGUUGGGGACAGGACGGGAGUGAGGAUUUAGCUCUCGUCAGCAGACGGACGGCCGGUAGUGCCGACAACAGCCAUGGCUCGGCUCGGUACGGCGCUGGUGCCGCUGCUGGUGCUGCUGGUGCCUCUGGUGCCAGCGCUGGCCGACCGGUGCCCCGGCGGAGAGCUGGCCUGCCCGGAGCCCAGCGUCUGCUGCCGUACCGACUCUCCCCAGCAGCCCUUCAUCUGCUGUCCCUAUCGGAACGGCGUCUGCUGCGGCGACGGGCGGCACUGCUGCCGAGAAGGUUUCACGUGCGACCUGUCGACCAGCCGAUGCGUGAAGCAGCCGCCGGAGCCGGGCCUGUGUCCGGACGGCAAGAGCCGGUGUCCGGCGGGCGCCACGUGCUGUCCGCUGGCUGACCACCGCUGGGGCUGCUGUCCGUACGCGCGCGCCGUCUGCUGCUCGGACAAGGUGCACUGCUGUCCCGAGGGCACUCAGUGUGACCUGCAGACACUCACCUGUCUGAAGAAAUCGGAGCAUCCGAUGAUGCAGUUCGCUGAAACGGAUAUGAAAGGCACGGAGGGACACAUUGGUCUCCAUGCCUGAGAUCUUCAGUGAAUGAAAAGUCCGGUGCUGCUCAUCCCAAGUUUAUAAAAGUCGCCAAGUCGAGCAGGGACACUGCCUGGCAUUUGCACCCCUGUAGGUCAAUACCUACGACUGUUAAACGCAAUCGGGGACCAAGACGCGUUAAAGGGACCCUCCCACCUUAACAUUAGUUUUGAGUUGAGAUAGCCAAAAUUGCGGCCAGGCUCAGAAACCACCAUUUAUCCUGGUCGCAACCCCCGCAGCUUUAUGGUGUUCAAGAAAUUUCUUCCCUUUACUUGCAGGGUGGGACCAGCGUGGUCCCUAUCUCUUAACCAUUACGGGAAUCUGAUGACGUCAUCAGGCUUUCGAACGUCAGUUAAAUGUUUGACUAAAACGUUUUGUAGCACGCGGUGGUAUAUGCUGCUUUGAGCGCAACAAAUGCCGCACUUUCAAAUAAAGUUGCUAGGAACAGCGGAGAUCCCAAAAAGUAAACAAAAGUAAAAGUCUAAUAUCUUUAAAACCGGUGAAUAUUUUUCGAUGAAAUUUGGUAGAUAUUCGUUUUUGCGCUUUCUGAACCGAGCGACAUCACUUUCAUGCCAAUUCAUUAACUUUUUGAAGGUGGGAGGGUCCCUUUAAAGGGACUAUCCCACCUUCUAAAAUGUUGUUAAAACCAGUUAAAUUGUGCCCGACUUUAUAGAUUGGAUGACCAGGAACACGGUUCUGGCAUUUAUUUUUCAUUAAACAUCUUAGGCUUCCCAUAUUCCAAACACAAACUUUCAAAUAUGUGACGUCACAGCCCAAAAUUACCUCCUUCCCCAGGCCACAUUACUGUCAUGAAGCUGAUUCUUUUUACUCUGUAGGCACCACAACAAAGUUCAGACCAAGUUUUAAGCGAUUUUUCAACGAACAAACCCAUUUAAAUCAGAAUGACCAAACGAGGUGACGUCACACUAACGGUCGCUCCAUGUUGAAGAUAGGGCCUUGCACAAGGCCCAUUUUCAAAUGAAGGGAACGAAUUUCUUCAACACCAAGAGGCCGCGGGGUUGCAACCUAGAUAGAUAGUGGUUUCUGAACCUCGCCUCAAACUUGGCUAUCUCAACUCAAACCCCAUGUUAAAGGUGGGAUAGUCCCUUUAACCAAGCUUUCGGGUGUCGUUAUGUGUUUUCAGUUCAGAGACCCUUCUUGGUGAAGCCAGCGCGAUAAGUCAAAGGCGGAGUUAUCUGAUUAUCGCCGUUCCCAUUGUAACCCAGAAGUGAUUUAGAUCACUGAGGGCUAUUGCGGGGGCUGGGGGCAUUGACGACCAGUGAGGGCUAGGGCCAGUAAGAAUGAACCAAUGUCUCUGUACGGAGUAUCGUUUUGGCUCUUUGUGCAUGUCUUCCAUGUUAUUGUAUCCAGGCGCAGCCGCUUUGUUUUGACUGGAAGUCCUUGCAUAUCGCUUUUACCAUGAUAUACACCAGAAAUGCGUAAUUUG